GCGACACGCAGCCAGGCACCAUUCAAGCGCUUGGUUAUGAAAAUGGAUAGGUAGUGAAGAAUAGUGUGUUCCGCCCAACUUUUAGGGGAAGUCUUACUUCCAGCCAGUUAGCUGAGGGUGACAGGCAGGUUGAAGAAGGAAGGAGAAGAAAGAAGUUUAGUGGUUGUUUAUUUGUUUCUUGUCAAAGUCUCUUCGGGGAAAGAAAAAAAAGGUUCCCUUAAAAAGUCACCCACCCGGGGUGUUGUUAUAAAUAUUCAAAUAUAUAUAUAUUAUAUAUAUAUAUAUAUUUAUAUUUAUGCACCCUUUUUUACGAAAGGGUUUGUCAUUCAAAGGCUUAACAAGAAAGAAAACGGAAGAUCUCCUCCAACACCAUUUAUAUAUAAUAACAAUAAUUUUAUUUAUUGUUAUUAUAACUUCUUAGAAGCGGGUAGAAGAUUUAGAGAAAAGAGAAGCGAUAAAAGGCAAUAACAACGAUAAGUAGGAUUUAUAUAUUUUUCCUGCCGAGUACCUUGAAAGAGAGAGACUGUGGUUCUGUCUUGCAGUGUUCUGUCCAUCUUGAAAGAAAAAAAAAAAAAAAGGACUUAAUUAUUAUUGUUGCUGCCCAAAAAGAAGACAAGAAAAAGACCUCUCUUCUGCAUCUUUCUUUGUUUCUUAAAGAAAGUAUAUUUUUUUUUAACUGGACGCAUCCACAAAACCACCCGUGGGGUUAUAUAUUUAAAUAUAUAUAUAUAUACAAUAUAUAUAUGUAUAUGUGAAGGCGGUAGCGAUUUGGAGAAUUUGAAGCAGCCUAGUGUGCCUAAAGUACAACCUUACUAGUUAAACAAGUACCCUAAAAAAACUAGUAAGAAGUACCCGUUACUGUAUUAUUAUUUAUCACUACCACCGUUGGAUAUAUAUAUAAUAUAUUUAUAUAUAUAUAUAUAAUAGUCAUCUGUCAUAAUUUAUUCAACCAAUAUCAACACCAACAUUAUUUAUUGUUGAAAACAACGUUUUUUUACUCUUGAGGACUUGGCAUCAUGUUAGAGCUUGAGAUUCAACCUAAACCAAUUAGUUUUAUCGAACGGCCAAAUAGUCUGAUGUUGGACAACAGUAUCACCCUCGAUGGGGUGCAGUUAAUGCACAAUGUUGAGGCUGACACCGACUGCAACGAACCUAAUUUGGUUACCAGAAAUAACAGCAAGAAGAAGAAAAAGAGGGCAGCAAUUAGAGCAGCUAAUUUUUUAGAUCUGUAUAAACCAACUGGCGAAAUCUUAGGGCAAGGGGCUUACGCAACAGUUCGUACCUAUAUUCAUACACAAACUGAAAAGGAAUAUGCUGUAAAGAUAAUAGAGAAAAAUCAUGUAAGAUCCCGCAACAAAGUUUUCAAAGAAAUUGAAAUAUUUCAUCACUGUCAAGGCCAUGCUAACAUAUUGCAGCUCAACGAAUAUUUUGAAGAAGAUGAGCAAUUUUUUCUUAUCUUUGAGAAAAUGGAAGGAGGUACUUUGUUAGCUAAUAUAGAACGCCGAGGUCAUCUAACCGAACGAGAGGCCAGUAUGAUAGUACGAGACAUAGCUAAGGCUUUAGACCACAUUCACAACAAAGGUAUUGCACAUCGGGACUUGAAACCAGAGAACAUCUUGUGUGGUAGAAAUGGUGAAAUUGUCACAAUCAAGAUCUGUGACUUUGACCUCGGUAGUGGAAUUCCAGUUCAUAGUGAGGAAUCCGACCCAGUCACAACACCCGAACUACAAACUCCGGUAGGGUCAGCUGAAUAUAUGGCCCCGGAGGUUGUGGAUGCUUGGGUGGGUGAGGCAUUUUCUUACGAUAAGAAGUGUGACUUGUGGAGCUUGGGCAUUAUACUCUACAUAAUGCUGUGUGGCUACCCACCGUUCUAUGGCCAGUGUGGUGAAGACUGUGGCUGGGAACGCGGAGAAAACUGCCAAAAUUGUCAGGAGAGCCUGUUCACUCGAAUCCAAGAAGGUAUCUACGAUUUCCCUGACAGCGAAUGGCGUGACAUUUCCGAUGAGGCCAAAGAUCUCAUCAAACAUCUUCUAGUCCGAGAUGCUCGUUCACGCUACUCAGCGAUGGAUGUAUUGAGAGACCCGUGGGUUGUACAACCUCCGGCAGCUACUCCUUUAGCAACUCCUCGUAUAUUAACCAGGAAUAACAGUACCAAAGAUCUGGAAUCUUUUGCUGAGACGGCCAUUUCCAUCAACCGCAUGAUGCAGCAGCAUCUGGCCAUUUCUGAGCAGAGAACCAGAGGUUUCGGCAAAUAUCAGAGUACUGACAGUUCCAGUGUUAAGUUUAUCCUGUCUUCACCAGGCUCUUCUAAUCUGGCCCGGCGCCGUGCCACCUCUUCCAGUGGAAAAUCCCACUAUUCCGAAGACUCCACUGAUAGUGCAAAUGGCUCCCUUGGAAGUUCAGUUUCUUAUGAGAAUGUCUAUGGCUAUUCAUUUUCAUCCAGUGCUGCUCCCAGCCCUUAAACCUCUCGUAACCCCUAUGUGCAUAAAACAUCCUGCACAAAGGGGGUGGGGAGGAGUUGUUUUUUGUUUCUUUAUAUAUCCCGCCCAUUUCCAGUUUUUUUUUUUUGUCUUGUUUUCUGCCCCCUCCUGUUGUCCCCUGUCCACCACCACCACCACCACAUUUAAUUUGUAAACCUAAAAUCAAAUUGUACCUUACAACUUUUCCUUCCCCUAUUUGUCAAUUCGGUUACCUCAUCAUAUCUACUUUUUCUUGAUCUUCUCCCCCCCCCCAUCAGUUUGCUAUUUUUAUACACAGAAACCCUUAAAUAAUUUUGUUCACUGUACAAUACAAACCAAUUUGGUUCCCUACUUCCCCACCAUCCUCCUUUCUAGUCCAUAUUCUCUUCACUUCUUUUUUUUUUGUGGGUUGGGGUCCUUCUGUUUUUUUCUUUUUUUUCUCCUGCCCUACAUUACUGCAUUUUAAUUUCUGUCCCUUGAUGAAUCUUCAUAUAUUUCUCACCAUUUAGCUUAAUUCUUACAA